AUGUUGUUGUGCGACGGACUUGGCCCGGAGCCACCGCGGCAAAGGCAUCGAAAUCGAACCAGUGCCGCCAGGAUUAGAAAAAUACCCAAAUGCUGCUGCGCCGAUGGCAGCAGCGGCAAUCAGGCGGAGCAGCCCGGCGGAGUAGUUAGCAACCCAAUUAGUUAUGGCCAAAGUCUGACAACAUUGGCGCGGGUCACGGCAGCCGCACUGACCACGGCGGCCAUGCUGCACACAACGAACGCCCUGGCUGCCACCGGCUCAUCCAGCUCAUCCAACUCUUCCACCGGCGGUAUAGCACUGCCGCUGGGCACUGCCCCACCUGCCACACACGAACUGAAUGCCACACAGCCGUUUGGCGGCACGGGUCUGAACAUCAACGAAAGCGGCGCUGGAUUAAGUGACCAUCAUCAACAUCAACAAAACAAUCCCGACGAGGAUUGGCUGGACAACAUCGUUUGGGUGUUCAAGGCUUUUGUCAUGCUGCUCAUCAUCAUUGCGGCCAUCUGCGGCAAUCUGCUUGUUAUUAUUUCUGUGAUGCGUGUUAGAAAAUUAAGAGUUAUAACGAAUUACUUUGUAGUUUCCUUAGCCAUGGCUGAUAUAAUGGUCGCUAUUAUGGCCAUGACAUUUAACUUUAGUGUGCAAGUAACUGGGCGCUGGAACUUCAGCCCCUUCGUGUGCGAUUUGUGGAACAGCCUCGAUGUCUACUUCUCAACAGCGAGUAUUUUGCAUUUAUGCUGCAUAUCUGUGGAUAGAUACUAUGCGAUUGUUAAGCCCCUCAAGUAUCCGAUUAGCAUGACGAAACGCGUGGUCGGCAUUAUGCUGCUAAACACAUGGAUAUCGCCGGCACUGCUCUCCUUCUUGCCCAUCUUCAUCGGCUGGUACACCACGCCGCAGCACAAGCAGUUCGUCAUCCAGAAUCCGACGCAGUGCUCGUUCGUGGUGAACAAGUACUACGCCAUCAUAUCGAGCUCCAUAUCGUUUUGGAUACCCUGCACCAUCAUGAUAUUCACCUACCUGGCCAUCUUCCGGGAAGCCAAUCGGCAGGAGAAGCAGCUGAUGAUGCGACACGGCAACGCCAUGCUGAUGCACCGAUCAUCCAUGCAGCCCUCAGGCGAGGCGCUGAGCGGAUCCGGGUCGUCGAAAACAUUGACGCUGCACGAGGUCGAGCAGGAGCACACCCCCACUAAGGACAAGCACUUAAUCAAAAUGAAGCGGGAGCACAAGGCCGCACGCACGCUGGGCAUCAUCAUGGGCACCUUCAUCCUCUGCUGGCUGCCAUUCUUCCUGUGGUACACUCUCUCCAUGACCUGCGAGGUGUGCCAAGUGCCGGACAUAGUCGUCUCGAUCCUCUUCUGGAUCGGGUACUUCAAUUCAACACUCAACCCGCUGAUCUACGCGUACUUCAACCGCGACUUCCGGGAGGCGUUCCGCAACACGCUGCUCUGCCUGUUCUGCAACUGGUGGAAGGAUCGCCACCUGCCGCUGGACAUCGACAUCCGGCGCUCCAGCCUGCGCUACGACCAGCGGGCGAAGAGCGUCUAUUCGGAGAGCUACCUCAACUCGACGACGCCCUCGCACCGCCGCCAGUCGCAGAUGGUGGACAACUUAUAAUACAGGGAUGAGGCGCUGCUGACCCCCAUCGCCCAGCAGCAGCAGCGGCUGGCGGCGGGCGGAUCCCGCCUGGGCGGACAAUUGGCAGCUGCCGCCAAGGAUGGCAGGGAAUCGAAGGAUGCAAAGGAUGCGGGCAAGGGCAAGUCCAAUGUCGAUUGCUUGGCGGGCGACGAUGUGCAGGAGAUCCAGAUUGAAAUACCCAUGGAGUACAUCAACAAAUGGAACAAGAACAACAAUGCUGCCGCCUCGACGGCCUCGAGUCAUGUGUAAAUGGUGCAAAUGGUGCGACUGGUGUAAGGAUGCGAAUCGAAUCAAUCGAUGGCAGCCGGAUCCGUGGAAUCAAUUUAAUGCAAUUAAAAUGUUCCAUUAAUUUGUAAAAUUAAUAUGCCGGCAAAUGCAUCGGCUGAUUUACUCGUAAUGUUGACAUUAAUCAAUCUGUGGAGCGUACCAUUUCAUUUGUUCUUCACUUUAUUUUUUCAUUUUUGUUUUCGUUUUUAAAAACAUUUAAUCUCGAUUCGAGUUGCCGGGUUCCUUGGCGCACAGAUCGGAACUUUGUAUAGGAUAAAUUAUUUAUUUAUGAUUUCAUGUCGUUUAUAUCUUGUUGUAAAUACUGAGUAUUUUUGUACGACUAAAUUAAGCACAGGUUGUAAACUCAUUUCGAUAAAUGUAUAUGAAUAUGUAAUAUGUAUGUACGUACGCCAAUCGAAAAUCUGUAAGCCGUAAAGCAUUUUACUCACGAAAAGAAAUAACCACAAAUAAAUUAUUUAAAAUGGCAAUCACUGCAACUCACUGA